AUGGCCGACCAAGAAGAAGACUUCUCCCAGCUCCCUCUCCCUGAUCGAUUCGUGCACAAGAACUGGAAGGUUCGAAAGGAAGCGUACGAAGCCGCUACAAAACAGUUUGAGUCCACCUACGAAGAAUCAGACCCCGCCUUCAGACCAUUUUUGCAAGAUCCCAGCCUAUGGAAGUCGGCCGCUGGCGAUGCGAACGUUGCAGCCCAGCAGGAAGGUCUGGUUGCUCUAUGCGCUUUCUUGAAACAUGGAGGUCAACAAGCGGCUUUGAAGUCGCGCAACCACACCUUGCAACCGAUCUACGAAAAGGGCCUGGUGUCAAGCAAACCUCAGGCCAAAGCAAGCGCUCUCGAGGCCCUCUUACUUUACAUUGAGUUGGACAAGGCUGACCCAGUCAUUGAAGAGUUGUUGCCUGGUUUGUCGCACAAGCAACCUAAAGUGAUUGUGGCAACUCUCAGUGCAUUCACCGCUUUCUUCCAUAACUAUGGGAUUAAGGUCGUCGAACCGAAGCUGGUGAUUAAGUCGCUACCGAAGGUGUUCGGACACGCCGACAAGAAUGUGCGCGCGGAGGCACAAAACCUUACGGUUGAGUUGUAUCGUUGGCUAAAGGAAGCACUGAAACCUCUCUUCUUCAACGAACUGAAACCGGUGCAGCAACAAGACCUCGAGAAGCUUUUUGAAAAGGUCAGAGAAGAGCCUCCUCCAAAGCAGGAGCGCCUCACCCGCUCGCAACAAGCCGCACUAGCUCGCGCACCUCCAGCAUCCAUGAACGAACAGGCCGAGGAUGAUGCGAUGGCUGAAGAGGAAGAUGACAACGCUGAACAAGAAGGCAUGGAUCCUUAUGACUUUGCAGAACCAGUCGAUGUCUGCUCCAAGAUUCCUGCGGAUUUCUACGAGAUGGCUGGCUCAACGAAGUGGAAGGAGCGAAAAGAUGCCCUCGACGGCCUCUUCAAUAUCGUGAACACAAUCAGAAUCAAGGAAGGUUCCUUUGACGAGUUGAUGCGCACGUUGGCCAAGUGUAUGAAGGACGCCAAUAUUGCAGUUGUGACGGUCGCAGCUAACUGUGUUGAAAAAUUGGCACUGGGCCUAAGAAGACCCUUCGCCAAAUAUCGGUCUACAAUCAUGUCGCCGAUGAUGGAAAGACUCAAGGAGAAGAAACAGUCUGUUGCUGAUGCGCUGGGCGCUGCGCUUGACGCCGUAUUCUUUGUGACGUCUCUCACAGAAUGUCUCGAAGAGACCUUGGGUUUCUUGUCCAACAAAAACCCCAACGUCAAGGCCGAAACGAUCAAAUUCCUCGUGAGAUGUCUACGGAACACUCCUGACGUACCUUCCAAGGCGGAACAGAAGCUCAUUGCUGAUUCUGCAACCAAAUUGUUGACUGAGUCUACCGAGGCAAUCAGAGCCGGUGGCGCCGAGAUACUUGGGACACUGAUGAAGAUAAUCGGCGAGCCCUCAAUGGGUCCUUACCUAAAUGGCCUGGACGAUAUCCGGAAAUCCAAGAUCAAGGAGUUUUAUGACACCGCCGAGGUUAAGGCGAAGGAGAAGCGCAAGGCAGCUCCCCCUCCUGCAAAAGCAACCUCUGCAGUUGGAAAGAAAGUCGUUGCCAGCUCCAAGAAGACUGCUGCGAAGAAGGCCACGCCAGCUGCCCCUGUGGAAGACGCUACGCCUCUUCAACCAAAGCCUACAGCAAAAGCCCUUCCGAAGUCUGGAGGUUUGGCUCGCCCGGGUUUGGCCCAACCAUCGGGUCUCAAGCUAGGUGGGCUCAAGAAGCCCGUAGCUGGUGGUCUUGGAAGUGCAGCAGCCAGCCCGCAGCGCCGAGUUCUAUCGCCUCCUAUGAGUACUGACGGUGAUGAGGAAGCUGCUGUUCCCUCACCUUCGAAAUUCGGCAUGGGCAGGGGUGGACUUGCUGGACGCCCUUUGUCCCGACCUGCCGCCGCUAGCCCUUUAUCGCCUCCACCCGUUUCGAAUGGGCUUUCAGCUGUCGAACGAGCGGAGCUGGAGGAAUUACGUUCCGAGAAAGAACGACUCUUGGCUUUGACCGAGAGCCUUCGAAGCAACAAUUCGAAACUGACCGCCGAGAUCACCGAGCUCCAAAACCAGAAUGCACAGCUGAUAGAGGAUCAUACGCGGGACGUGCUUCAGAUCAAAGCCAAAGAGACACAACUCGUGAGAGCGCGAGGAGAGUGCGAUGUGCUGACGGCCGAGAUUGAGAGCGUACGGAAAGAGAGCGAACGUUACAAGCGAGAAGUGUCAAGGCUGGGGCGCGAAGGCAUCGGACGGGAAAGAGAAGACAUGAUACGUGGACGGACGGUAGAUGACGGCGCAAAUUUCAGCAAUGAAAGUGCUGGCAUCUAUGAAGAUCACAACAUGAACCGGUUCCCGGCAAACGGUAGCAACGUCCCUCCAAGACCAACCAGCAGCGCGCUGCAGAGAAAUGGAAGCACCCAGAGCACACAGAGCACUCAAAGUAGUCGCACGCAAACCUCAAGACCGCGACCCCAAAGUGGAUACUCGUCACAUCGACUAGAUAUGAGCCCCAGCGAGGAAAAGGAGAACAACGGACUCGACACUCUGGCUGCAAGACGAAAGAUCAGUCCACCCGUCAGUGGAGCACCCAAUGGUAGUGGGAGGAGCAGUCCGCAGCGCCCAACAUUCUCCUCCAGAGACACAAGCGAUUCCGGCACCGUUACGUCUAGGGAACCAAGGGCGGAAGAGAACUGGAAGAGAGCAGCGGAAGUCACAAGUCAGUUGAAGGCACGGAUUGAGGCUAUGAAGGCACGACAAGGGUUGACUCGGCAUUAA